ACGGUCUUUUUAUCGACGGUCAGUCUGUGGCCUUUGGCCUACACGGUAUUUUGACAUUCGCCGUUUCGUCCAGUUACCCCACAAGACAAUUCCAGAUUGCUGGUGGGGCAGCUCUGGUGAUCAACUUUCGUAUUCUUCCAUUCUUGUCCUAGCUGGCCUUACAUGCCACUGGUGCUUGGCCUACAGGCCACCUUUAAUCGACGGCCUUUGUGUUUUUUCACUAUCUAUGUCACUACAUAAGCUUCAAAGAGUUCCCUUCUCCCAGCGGAUCACAGAAUGGGUUAUGAUUUCUGGCAGGAAGAUUCAGAGCUAAACAAGGCAUCGCGUGCAGAACAGCUAGGAUUCAUCGAUAAUGGCCUGUCAUCCUCCCAGCCUCAACAGAACUUCUACCUGUCUUUGGCUCCAGUAAAUCGAGAUGGGGACCCCCCACCAGUGAUUACUCAGUUUCACCUUAUGUAUGGCGGAGGCUCCACGAGCAACGAUCAUGUGCCCGCUCUCGCUCACCUAUAUGAUGCUGGGUUUUCUCAAAGUAAUAGUCAAUUUCCAAGUGGUUUGGCGUCCCCGUUUCUUGAAAACUAUCGUCGUGACAUUCACGUUGCUACUCAACAGCCUUCGCACAACACCUCUUUCAACCAUGUCCGCUCUCCUUUCUUCGACGAUCCGUCCGCUUGCAAUCUGGGAUCUUCAGGCAAUGUUUCCGAACCAUACCCCAUUGAGAGUCACCCUCACCCGGUCCAUGAUAACCAAUCAGAAUCGCAUGCAUCUGACCGCUUGUUUGUCUGCAGGUGGAAUGACGGUCGCUGGCAUGGACCAUGUGACAAGACUGCAAACGAAGGAGAGAUCGUGUCCCAUGUCUCGUUAUCCCACCUCCCACAGCUGGCUGGGCGCACCCCUGUGAAAUGUAAAUGGGAGGGAUGUAAACUCCGAAAGUCCAUCUGCCGAGAUACAAUCAUUCGCCACAUCCGUCAGAUUCACCUCGGAAUCAAACCUCGACGCCAGUCAUUGGUUACUUCUUCGAUUCGUAUUACGGCUAGAUCCCGUCGACAUCCACAGCCGUAUUAAUCAUGAUUGCUUCGACUCCUGUAUAAUAUCUGUUACCUACUGUGUCACUUUUGUACA